UGCAGAGUAUGACUCAAGAAACAGAGUCCGUUCCAUCACUCCUACCUUGAACUCUAACCCCCGUUUCAUGUGAAAACCUCUUUUCUUUCACCUACCAACGACCUCCUCUCUCUCUCUCUCUCUCUCUCUCUCUCCAUUUCAGAGUUCAGAAGCCGCCUAUUUAUUUAAUAACUUGGUCUUAGAAUUCCCCCAACAGGGCACGGGAGCUCCUCUUGUUCUUUGGUUUUUGCUUCUCGCCGGCUUGAUCUGCUUCAGCCCUGAAAAUGGCGUCUGGGCCCUCCGAUCCUGAGCAGCCCACGCUCUCUUCCUUCGGAAAGGUGGGGAAGUCAAUGGGUGAAAUUGGUAGCACAGAGGAGCCUCUUCUUAAUGAGAAGCAUACUGUUGAAAACUAUUCUGUUCUUGCUGCAGUCCUUCCGUUUCUAUUUCCUGCUCUAGGUGGACUAAUAUAUGGCUAUGAUAUUGGUGCCACAUCUUGUGCUACAAUUUCUAUAGAGUCUGCUACACUGAGUGGAAUUACAUGGUACGACUUAUCUUCAGUGGAGAUUGGUCUCAUAACUAGUGGUUCAUUAUAUGGGGCCUUGAUUGGCUCUGUCUUGGCCUUUGUCAUUGCUGAUUUUCUUGGAAGAAGAAGAGAGUUGAUUGUGGCUGCUUUAUGGUAUCUCAUUGGAGCUAUAAUAACAGCAGUAGCGCCUGAUUUUGCAGUCAUGGUGAUCGGGCGUCUUGUAUUUGGCAUAGGAAUUGGGCUUGCCAUGCAUGCUGCCCCAAUGUACAUUGCUGAAACAGCUCCUAGUCAGAUACGAGGUCGACUAAUCUCUCUCAAAGAAUUCUUUAUAGUUUUGGGGAUGGUUGUAGGUUAUACAGUUGGUAGCCUUUUAGUUGAUAUAGUUUCUGGUUGGCGCUAUAUGUACGCAGCUAGUGUUCCAUUUUCGGUGAUUAUGGGAAUUGGGACAUGGUGGCUACCAGAUUCACCUAGAUGGUUACUUUUAUGUGCCAUUCAGGGAAAGGGUAAUCUGCAGGACUUGAGAGAGACGGCCAUAUGCUGCUUGUGCCGGCUUAGGGGCCAAGUCAUUGGUGAUUCAGCCCCUGGACAAAUAGAUGAGAUUAUGGCUGAGCUUUCUUAUGUGGGUGAGGAAAAAGAAGUUUCUCUAGGAGAGAUGUUCCACGGAAAAUGCUUGAAAGCGCUUAUUAUUGGUACAGGAUUAGUCUUAUUUCAGCAGAUCACAGGGCAACCAAGUGUACUUUAUUAUGCUGCAUCCAUCCUGCAGAGUGCAGGAUUCUCCGCAGCUUCUGAUGCAACACGGGUCUCAAUUCUACUUGGUUUAUUGAAGUUGAUUAUGACUGGAACAGCUGUUCUUGUGGUUGAUAAAUUUGGAAGAAGGCCUUUACUACUUGGAGGUGUUUCUGGCAUGGGGAUUUCUUUAUUCCUUCUGGGAUCAUAUUACCUUUUCCUAGAUGAUGCACCUUAUGUGGCUGUUGUUGCACUGCUGUUGUAUGUUGGGUGUUACCAGUUAUCAUUUGGUCCUAUUGGUUGGCUGAUGAUUUCAGAGAUUUUCCCCUUACGCUUAAGAGGGCGGGGAUUAAGUAUAGCUGUGCUUGUGAAUUUUGGCGCAAAUGCAAUAGUAACAUUUGCAUUUUCCCCUUUAAAGGCAUUGCUGGGAGCAGGAAUUUUGUUCUAUGUAUUUGCAGCAAUUACUGUAUUGUCUCUUUUGUUCAUAUUCUUCAUAGUGCCGGAGACAAAGGGACUGAGUCUCGAGGAAAUUGAGGCCAAACUCCUAUAGAAUUUUUACCCUCUGAUUAUGUGAUAUAAGGUUCUAUGUUGAGCCUGAAUGCAACACUCAAUUUUACAGAUUCAAAGAUCACCAUGCCAGCUUUUUAAUACAAUUACUGAUCAAAAUUGUCAUGUUCCUAGGUUUCAAGUACGCAGCGGAAAGCCUCGGGACAGCCAUACUUUGGUUCAGGAGUGCACAUUCCAGAAAUGGUUGUAAUCAAGCAAUAGCCGUAAGUUGAACUUGUUAUGGUAAUAUGUUCACUAGAUGUAUUUUUUGUGUAUGUAACCAGAAAGGGCACGCAGCUCAUGUAAUGACAAGUUUAUCAGAAAAGAAGACUUGUUUCCAUCGAUUUUCUUGUUUCUGCCUCAUUUGCAGGAGAUGUUUAGAAAUGAAAAAGUUCAAAGAACUGUGCUUUGAGGAACAAGAACAUAGAAAUGUGCUGUAUAUGUUCAUCCAUCAUUGCAAGGUGGUGGCACAGGCAAUGUGUGAGAAAAUGAUUUAGUUUUAAUAUGAUAAAUUGUAUUAAUUUUUCUUUAAAA